GGCUAGAUCCUCACUUCCCCUUCCUGUCCAGUGAAGGGUGGGGUACCCAGGAGCCUGGCCACUUCCCUGCGGGAGCCUGGGGCAGACAUGGAUCAGGAGGCCGUGGGCAACGUCGUCCUCCUGGCCAUCGUCACUCUCAUCAGCGUGGUCCAGAACGGAUUCUUUGCCCACAAAGUGGAGCUUGAAAGCAAGAUGCAAAAUGGGCGGAGCUUCCAGAGGACCGGGACACUCGCCUUUGAGCGGGUCUACACUGCCAACCAAAACUGCGUAGACGCGUACCCCACCUUCCUCGUGGUGCUCUGGAGCGCGGGGCUCCUCUGCAGCCAAGUCCCAGCCGCCUUUGCUGGACUGAUGUACCUGUUUGUGAGGCAGAAGUACUUCGUCGGCUACCUGGGCGAGAGAACGCAGAGCACUCCUGGCUACAUAUUUGGUAAGCGCAUCAUCCUCUUCCUGUUCCUCAUGUCCCUGGCUGGAAUCCUCAACCAUUACCUCAUCCUCCUUUUCGGAAGCGACUUUGAAAACUACAUCAAAACCGUCACCACCACCAUGUCCCCUCUCCUUCUCAUCCCCUGACUCUCUGGGAUCGACACUGAGACGUCUCAUCACUCAGCCCCUCUGGAGGAAGCUACAAAUCCACCCACCAGCCGCACAGCCAGAUCGACCCUUGCUUUUCUUGGAAGGAAACCAUUUCGCGUCAGCUCCACCCCUCGAAGGUGGCAGGGGCCCUGAGUGUUCAUUCACAUCCGUUCUGUAGGCUUCUCGACUUCUUCUGCUCACUGAAGAUGAUUUGUGGCCAGAUUUACGUUUCCUAAAAUAAAAAUACGAAGAUGUG